GAUAACCAACGAUCUACUUUUCAAAUUGGAAUGUCGUGAGAUUUGGUUUGUUGCAUGACCCUUCAAACCUGAACGUUUGGAGAAUUUGGUUGUUUUGACAAAUAUUGAAGAUGUGUUUCUGUAACCUUACAUAUUUUGCUCCUUAACUGCAUUUUAUUCUUUUUUGUGUCUUAAAAGAAAAGCGAAAAAGCAAUUGUAACGAGCUGGAUUAGCUUGUUCAGAUCAUAUAUUGCCCAAAAGCUGUUUACAAGAAGGCGUUUCAGUAGAGCUACAGGCAUGCAACAAUGGAUGUCAAUCAGAAUAUUAGCAUAAAAAGGGUGUCUACAGGGAAGAGAUCCAGAGAAAGACUUAAAACGUUUUUGACCCCUGCCAAAAAGAGGGGGAGUAAUUCUACAGACAGUACACCCAUGGCGGAUGUUCAACAUGCAGAGUACUGCAGUGAUAAUGAGGACUUAUUUGGGGGAUAUGAUAGCAUUCUGGAGGACAGCUCUAUCUUGGCAAAGUUGGACUCCCUAGAAACACAAAAGGUGCAACAUGAUGACUACAGCUCUUCUGACAACAAACCUGAAGAUCACCAAAGUGCUGGCUUCACUUCUGUUAGAUCCCCAAGGACCACAACUGGAAACCAAGUGCGCAAAGAUUGUUUCACAGACUCUACUUUAAAUGGUCUAGAAGAGGAACAUUUUGCAGACUUGCCAGCCUCGCAGCUUGCAUUUCAAGAAAUAUUUAAAAACACGAAAGAACAAAAUGUAAAUGCAACUGUUGAUAAAACUUCUACUCCUCUUAAGGACUUUCCCAAAAGGAUGGAAAGUGAAAUUAAACAAGAUGGGACCGUGAAUAAAGACAACAGACAAGCACAUAAACCCAAAGUGAGGAAAAGUAUUAGUGACCAUCUGAAAAGGACUAUGCUCUUAAAUGCUGUAGCUCCUAUCACUGUUUCACGCAGUGUGGAACAGAAAGAAGCAGUAGUUUCUGAGGAGAUAAAUGUUGCUCUACAGACUAUGCAGACAGUAUCCUCACAGACCACUGAUCUAGGACCUUUCUUUGGGCUACCCACUAAAGUCAAAGAUAUUUUACUCAAACUUAAAGGAAUUAAGAGCCUUUAUGAUUGGCAGGAGACAUGUCUAAACCUGGAUUGUGUUCAGCGAAGAAAGAAUCUUAUAUAUUCCUUGCCUACCAGUGGUGGAAAAACACUAGUUGCAGAAAUCUUGAUUCUCAAAGAACUGCUCUGUCGAAAGAAAGACUGCCUGUUCAUAUUGCCAUAUGUCUCACUAGUGCAAGAGAAGGUGCGUGGACUCGCCAGCUUGGGCCUAGAACUAAACUUCAUGGUAGAGGAGUAUGCUGGCAGCAAGGGCAAGUUUCCACCAGUGAAGAGAAGAACAAGCAAAUCUUUAUUCAUAGCCACUAUUGAAAAGGCUCAUAGCCUGGUCAACUCUUUGAUAGAGACUAAUAGACUAGACAACCUUGGGCUGGUGGUUGUAGAUGAGCUUCAUAUGUUAGGUGAUGGCGCUAGAGGAGCAAUUAUUGAAAUGACACUAGCCAAGCUUCUCUACAUGAGUAAAGCAACUCAUAUUAUCGGAAUGAGUGCCACUCUGGGAAAUAUUAAAGACAUCCAAACAUUUCUAAAUGCAGAAAAUUAUACCAAUGACUUCAGACCUGUUCAACUUAAGGAGUAUGUCAAACUCAAGGACACAAUUUAUGACGUGGACCCAAAAGAAGAAGAAUGUUUCAAGCUCUCUCGUCCUCUAAAUUAUAAGUACUCCAGUGGGAUGCAGAAAAUUGACCCAGAUCAUAUAAUCGCCUUGGUUACGGAGGUCAUUCCUACACAUUCCUGUCUCAUUUUUUGUCCCACCAAAAAGAACUGUGAAAAUGUAGCGUCAAUGAUUUGCAGAUAUCUGAAAGAGGAUUUUCUAAGACAUAGAGAGGCAGAGAAAUCAAUACUCCUAAAAGAGCUGCGAGACAGCGGGAAUGGGAAUAUGUGUCCUGUGCUCAGAAGGACUGUUCCUUUUGGGAUUGCUUACCAUCACAGUGGCCUUACAACUGAAGAAAGAAAACUGGUCGAGGAGGCCUAUUCCAGUGGUGUCCUCUGCCUCCUAACUUGCACCUCCACACUGGCCGCUGGGGUUAACCUUCCAGCUCGCAGAGUUAUUCUGCGCUCACCAUUUGUUGCCACUGAGUUUCUAAAGAGAAGCCAGUACAAACAGAUGGUGGGUAGAGCUGGUCGAGCGGGGAUUGACACAGAGGGAGAGAGCAUUCUUAUUCUGCAGGAAAAAGAGAAAAUGAUGGCUAAGUCACUUGUCUGUGCCCCAGUUGAGAACUGUUACAGCAACUUGAUGUAUGAUGAUGGAAAAGGAAUUCUGAGUCUCAUCCUGUCACUUAUUGGAUUAAAUAUCACCACAUCGUUGGAGCAGUUGAAGGACUUUCUCUCUGGCACACUUCUUUCUGUUCAAGAGAAGCAGCUGUGUGUAAAGAAGUCUCUGUGGGACUCUGCCCUGGAGUGUGUUGAAGUACUCAAAGAGAAAGGACUCAUCACUGUCAAAGGUGAUGCUCAAGACGUAACACUGCAAGUCACUCGGCUGGGAAAAGCCACGUACAAAGGUUCAGUGGAUCUGACUUACAGUGGCAUGCUGUACAGUGACCUCUCUAGAGGUCUGGAGGGGCUGCUGCUCAACAGUUACCUCCACUUGGUAUAUCUGGUCACACCUUAUGAUUUGAUCUCCCAUUGUAAGCCUCAGUGGAUGGUUUAUCUCAGACAGUUUACCUUGUUGUCAGCAUCAGAGCAGAAAAUGUCUGCAGCAGUUGGUGUCACAGAGAGUUUUGUUGCCCGAAAAGCUGCAGGUCAAACCGUCAAACAGAAGAUUGAUAUGCUGGUAGUGAACCGCAUGUACCUUGCCAUGGUGCUUUUCUCCUUACUCAAGGAAACAAAUCUGUGGAGUGUGGCUGAAAAGUUUCAACUAAGUAGAGGUUUUAUCCAAACAGUGCUGAGUUCAGCUUCUGCUUUUUGUUCCUGCGUUCUGCAUUUUACAGAGGAACUUGAGGAGUUUUGGCCAUAUAAAGCUCUAUUGUCAGAGUUGACACGUCGACUGACCUAUUGUGUCCAAGCUGAGCUCAUCCCUCUGAUGGAAGUGGCUGGUGUCAUGGAGUCCAGAGCAAAGCAGCUUUAUAAUGCUGGCUAUAAGACACUGGCUCACCUUGCCAAUGCGGACCCCAGUGUUUUGUCAAAGGCAAUUGAAAACCUUUAUAAGAAGCAGGCCAGUCAGAUAGUGGCCUCUGCCAAAAUGCUUCUUAAUGAAAAAGCAUCAGCCCUGCAGGAAGCAGUAGAUGACUUGCUUAUGAUGCCUUCAAGUACCACAGUGGAGUUAACUUGAGAAACCAGUAAUUUCUAUAUUUUUUUGUAAAUGCAAAAUACCUUAUUUAACCUUUUUAAUAAAUUAUUAUACAUUUGUAUCCUAUUAAAAAUAAUGCCUGUCCCCUGU